UGUGCUCCUAUGAUCAAUUAGUAUUUCGUUGUUCCAAAGUAUUGUGCUCAGUUAAAGCUGAACAAGCCCUUUAAUCCUCUUUAUUAGUUUUCCUUGGUCAAUUGGCUUCAUGUUCUCAAGCUGAAAUUAACAAUCAGAGCCCCUUCUUUGGUAAUCAUUUGUAAGAAACUCUAAGUUGAGAAAGAGGGAAGGAAUAAAACCUAUAAGCAUUAGCUUUAUGGAGGGGAAAUAUAAGAUGCUAUCUGGUUUUGCCUUUGUUUUUGCUCCCAAGAAAAGAAAAGGAACAUUGCUUGCAACUGUUGCCUGUCUUUGGCAGAAAGAAUCUAAUGGCUACAGCAGUCUAAAAGCCUACAUUAUUUUUUCAAUUUCCUUUCUUAAAACAGACCAAGAAAUGGACAAAGGAGAAAACAAGAUCCAGCUCCUUGGCAUUUGCAAUGAAUUCUUGUGUUAUAUCGUGUCUUUUGGAUGCCCUGUGUGCUACAGUUUAUCCAUCUGUAGAUGGCUAUUCAACUUGUUCAAAGAUACUACAGCAGGUCAUGUUAACAUGAUCACGAGUUUGGAUUAUUCUUGGUGCAAUGGCUUCCUUAUUAUCAAUAGGCUCUUCGAAUUUGUUGUGCAGAGCCUUGUUGCUGAAGCUAUCAAGCCUGUGACUUUGGGUGAUUCCAUGAAUUACAGUUUGGUCAAAACGAGCCAAUCUCGAGCUAAUCCAGGUAACAAGAAUAGCUCAAGCAAUGAACAGAUUCUGCAUUCUGAAGAUUCGGCUUCUGAUGUACUUCCCAAGUUGGAAGAAACUGCAGUUGAAGAUGAUUCAGUCCUUAAAAAUGGAGAAAAUGAUCUUUCUCAGCAAACUAGUGAAGAGAACGACGACGAGAUUGUUGAGGAAGAAGCCCCUGGACCAUCAAUUGAAACUCAAAACAAAGCUCCGAAGAAAAUGGUUAGCAUAAAUGAUAAUGUGGAGGAGAUUUAUUUCAGUAAGCAGAAGAAGAUGAAGAAAAAGAAAUCUACAGAAAAAGUGCCUUACAUCAAAGAACAAGAAAAAGAAGAGCCAAAACCAUUGAAAUCAAUUCUCAAGGUGGGCUCGAAUGCAAACGAAAAUUGGGAUCAGAAUAAGUAAAUCAUUGCUGAAAAAAUUUAGUAAAUUUAUAAUGCAUUCCUCUCGUGGAAUAGAACAAAUGGCCUUGUUAAUGAUGCAUAUUAUGUUAGGGAUAUGAAAGAAGUUAACUUAUUA